GUCUCUACGCAAGACCGCAAGAGCACCUACGAUGCAGAUCGGCGUCGCACUUGUGCCAUGCAUAUCUACGAGUUCAAUCGCACGCGUGGGAUGUAUCGUCAGAGCUGGUCUUCGAUGAUGCGCAUCGUCGUCUCGCCUCGACCGUCGCGGUGGCACUGGGCGCUCAUAACGAUGUCCAGCAGUCCCGCCUGCUUUGUGUUCCAGGGACUCAGGCGUCCAUGCGGCCGCGAUGAUCGCGUCCGGCACUACUUUCUCCAGGGUAGCGAUCGGCUGCAACAUUGCUGUAUCUCGUGCUCCCAGGCCGAGCCUUUAACAGCUCGCUUCAUACGGCGGAUAUCGACCUUCCAGUCUCCGAGGUCAUCGAGGUUGUGCUCGUAGAGCGGUUCCAUGAUCGGCGACACUCUGUGGCCGAGCUACUCGGCUGAAAAGACGUCGUUUCUCGAUGCCCUUCCAGACAUCGUGUUCGGCCUAUCUCGGUCUCGAUCCAUCCAAUCCGGCGCUUGCCUCAGUCGUGCGCGUCGCAUCGACCAGUGCAACUCUGUUGCUUUCUCCACGGUAGAACCCGUCACAAAACCGCCAUUCCCAGUUCCUGUUCCCGGGUCGACCGACAAAGGAGUCGUCCGAUGGAUGGGGUGGGGGAAGGAUGCGUGGAUGUGGAUUAGACCAUGCUUGAAAUGGGACAGGUACCGGGCAGCCGAGCCCAGGGUCUUGACAUGCUGGCCAGCGCUCGCUCUAUCUGGAUCGCCGUCCCGACUUUCGAGAACAUCCACCUUCGGUAGUGCUGUGCGACAGAUGCGUCCGAGCUCAUAGCAAGACACCUCCCUCUGUGAAUCGUGUCGGCGCCAGGAUCUUCAAAGAGUCACGGAUUCACAACGCCCCAGAUUUGCCGCUUGGCACUCUGCCGUUGCAGGUGCGCUAGGCGACGGAAUCAUGAUCCGGAAAUGCAGUCUGUCAUGGGCAUCUCCAUCUUUGCACAACAGCCGCAUGCUUCCACUCGUAUGUAUGCCGAUGGUCACCUUGGCCCCACUGCACACCCCUGCGCAGUCCACCACUGAGCACCACGAACCCAGAUCUGUAGAAACGACAGUCGAAAAGAAGAAACUUCCAAUAUUGGAUGCAAGAGCCGUGUCGCCGUCUCAGUUUCGCGAAAGCACCGUCCCGUUUUCUACCAUCGUCCAUGCCAGCGAGAUCGACGUAGCGGCAACGAUAGACGAGCUCGCGGUUCCUCGAAACGUCACCGGCAAGAAGACCGGGGACCCUCCAUGAACAGACGGACUAGAAGAUAGGACCCACCUGAGCUGUCGCUGGACAAGCGUUCGACACGCACUGAGCGGAUGAGUCUCAGCAUGCGUUCGGCUGGCUCCUGAUUCAUCGCAUUGCAAUUUUACGGCUUGUGUGGGUGUGUUCAUGUACUCGAUACCAGGGACUGCAUCCCCAUUACUCUGCUCGAUAGUUCUCUUUCAGCUGUGUUCCAAGGCGUGAUCUUCGCUGUCCAGAAACACAAUCCCCGAAGUGUCUGCCUCCUGCUCUCCUCAAGUGCUCUGAGAAUUGCGAUAGCUUUGCUUGUCAGAUCUCUUUUGCAUACCUGUACAUAAUGACUAGAGACAGAUGCAAGAGCUUUGGACCAUUGUGCACACUCCGUCCUUACAUCAGUGGUCACUAUGGCUGCUGCCAUCUAUCCGAUUUCGCCCUGGUUUUGGAUCGCCUCGCGCUGAAGUGACGGCAUAUUCUUCAGGACAUUCUCGUUCUUGGGAAAUCGUCAUAUAAUCCACAAGAGAACCCGAUACAGACGCGCGAGCUUUGCAUGAGUGUGAUCGUGAGAUCUGGGAACUCUGGGCCCCAAAGCAGACGUGAGGCCAUUAACACUGCCUGACCUGAGACUCGGUGUCUAUGCUCCUGCAUGGGUGCGAUUGGUACGUCU